UAAUGGAGAAAUUUACUACUUCAUAAACAAACGGCAAAUGACUUCAUUGAGACAAUGUGCUAUAGGGACUGUAAAAGAUUUGAGGGCAGCAGACUGUUUAACUUUAGAAGGAGAGGAAUCUGUGAUCACAGAUCAGACAAUUAUUGUCAAAAUAAUCAAAACAGAUGAACAUGAAAUAUAUGCUAAUCAACUGAAGGCAACAUGGACACAUCCUACAGGGGAUACCAAAAUCUCUCAAAUUCAGGAAGAUAAAAAUGGAGAUUAUUUUGUGACAGGAAAAUUCACAAAUCCAGGAGUUUGUAAACUAGAUGUGAGUGCUGAUGAUGAACCAGUUAACCAAUCACCAAUGACAAUCAAAGUAGAAGAGGGAAGAUUAGUAAAUACUAUUAAAAUAAAUACAACAAGUAUUAGAGAUGUAGUUAAGUGUGAAGAUGACUCCUUACUGGUUUCAUGUGAGACAAAUGAAAUGCUCAAGUACAAGCAAUCGGGAGAAUAUAUUGGUACGGUUACACUACCACAAGGUGUGCUAGUUAACAGAAUGUACAAAAUGAAGAAUGGUAACAUAGCAUUCAGUGAUUGCAAUGUUAAUACACCUAUCAGAAUAUGCAAUAUGAAUGGUCAGCUGAUUAAAACAAUUAGUGUGGAAGCAAAGAAUACACCACGGAGAAUUCAUGUGGAUGAGACAUCAAAUGUUUUGUAUGCAGCAGCAGGUUGGUCCAAUAGCUGUGUGUACAUGUUUGACAUGAAUAAUGGCAAGACCAUCAAAACAAUAGGGUCACAAGGUACAAAAGAAGGUCAAAUGAAUAAUGUCAGUGAUGUUACUCUUACUAACCAAGGACACCUUCUUGUAUUGGAGAGUGAAUGUUUUGGUACUGGAACAAGUAGAUUACAGUUAUUUAAUAAUGAGGGAAGGUUUAUAAAAGACCUUGUUGAAGCAGGUGAUGAGGAUGGUAAGGUAAAAUAUCCAAGAGCAGUAGUAGUUGAUGAGGAUGACAACAUCAUUAUAUCAAGUCAACACAAACUACAGCUAUUCAGUAGUGAUGGAACUUUCAUAAAAAGAAUUGAUAAACCAGAAGAUGGAAUCAACAAUCCAGAAGGAUUAUCCAUCAUUUCAUAUCAUCAAAGGAGACUUGCAGUAGCAAAUUAUGGUGACAAAACAGUCAAAAUAUUCAAUUAUUAAAUACUGACGGUCCACUUGCUUCACUUGUGUGUUUUUAACAAUUCAAAUUUAUAAGUGUAGGAAUAUCUACAUAUCCAUUAUUUCAUAUCAUCCACAUAGAGUUAAGUUAUGAAUCUUCAAACUUAAAAUAAUUAUUGAAUAAAAUAAUAUCGAAAUAUAAAGUUGGCAUAAUGUUUAUAAACCUGUUAAAAUAUUUCAUUAUUGAAUAUGAUAUACAUAGAGCUGAAGUUGUGGGUUUUUUUUUAAACUGUUAAAAUAUUAAUUAUUCUACAUAAAUGAUAUCUAUAGAGUUGAAGUUAUUAAACUGAAAACAUUAAUAAUGUAAUCUGCCAACCUCAACUGUUUAUAGUGUAGUUCUCAUCAAAUUUGAA